AUCUGGCGGGAUGACUGCGGGGUCUGGGGUCAGGUCGGGGAAAGCCUAAGACACCAUGAGAGUUCGCGUGUCUGUGACCUCACCACCUCCUCCCUCGAGGGGCGCUGGGGGCUGUCUGGGGUCUGCGACCCCUCGGUGUGGGCCGGGCCGCUCGCGCGAGCCGUGCCCACGGGGGUGCGGGCAGGGCCAGCCGCGGUCGCACCCGGAAGUUAUGAGAUCCGACACUAUGGACCAGCCAAGUGGGUCAGCACUUCCGUGGAGUCUAUGGACUGGGAUUCAGCCAUCCAGACGGGCUUUACAAAACUGAACAGCUACAUACAAGGCAAAAACGAGAAAGAGAUGAAAAUAAAGAUGACAGCCCCAGUGAUGAGCUACGUGGAACCCGGUUCAGGUCCUUUUAGUGAGUCUACCAUUACCAUUUCCCUGUAUAUUCCCUCUGAACAGCAAUUUGAUCCACCCAGGCCUUCAGAGUCAGAUGUCUUCAUUGAAGACAGAGCCGAAAUGACUGUGUUUGUACGGUCCUUCGAUGGAUUCUCUAGUGCCCAAAAGAAUCAAGAGCAACUUUUGACAUUAGCAAGCAUUUUGAGGGAAGAUGGAAAAGUUUUCGAUGAAAAGGUUUACUACACUGCAGGCUACAAUAGUCCUUUCAAGUUGCUUAAUCGAAAUAAUGAAGUGUGGUUGAUUCAGAAAAAUGAACCCUCCAAAGAAAAUGAAUGAAGAAAUGAAAGGAAGUUCUGUUGCCAGGGGCACAACUCCUGUUUAACGUAGACGCCAACACAACCCAUAAGUAACGUGCGUGUUCUAGACUACUACUAGGAAUUGAGCUUAUUUCCAAUGUGCCUUUUGAAUGCUUGAAGCUUUAUCUAGAUACACAGAUGACAGGGGACAGCAGUCUAUAAAUAUAUAGAUUGGUCAUAACUCUGGUGGCCUUUAUUUUUGUGAGGAUCCAGGGAAAUGUCACAUGAUGUCCCUCUUCCUCACUGCAUCACAAUCAUGUUGCCUUUUUCUGCUUGAAUUUGUCAGCUGGUUGUUAGUCCCUCCAUAUAUUAUCAAUAAAAGUGUUAAAGAUU